UUCACGAUUUACAACGCGUGAAUCCCACUCUCUCAAUUCGUGAUUCUCCUCUCUCGCAAACCCUCCACGCUCAGUAGCAGCCGCCAGCCCCUCACGAAAAUCUCCCUCCCUCCCUCGUUCUGUAGCUCCAAUCGCCGCCGUCUCCACCACACGCUAGCAACAACCGCCAGACGCCCUUCGUCGCACAAGCACCGCCUUCCUCCGUUCACUCGCUGACCCUCGCGCCUCCGCUGGAAGUCCUUUCUUUUCUCUCUCUCCAGCCCGUGUUUGCUAGACCCACAGUGUUGGUGCCCCUUGGCUUCCACUAGUCAGCUCUUGCCGCCGCCGUUCGCUGCCAGUUUCCGCCGUCGGAGUCCAUCGUACCUGUACACCAUCCUUUAAGGCCGGAUUUUUGUGGCUAAGUUUCCUUUGGGGUUCGCGCCAUUUAUCAAUACCUAAGGAAAUAGAAGUGCCGGAAGAGAUAGUUGCAUUAGGCUGUGUGUUGGGAUUUGGCGAUGGGGAAGAACGACAAGAUGGGGCUAGGUCGGGCUCUUGUGAAGCAACAUAACCAAAUGAUCCAGCAAUCUAAGGAGAAGGGUAGAUUCUACAAAUCUCAGCAAAAAAAGGUUUUGGAGUCAGUCACAGAGGUCAGUGACAUUGAUGCUGUUAUCCAACAAGCAGAUGAGGCGGAGCGCCUCUUCUCCAUCGAUAACCCUGCUCCGAACUUUCUUAUCAACUUGGAUGGAAGUUCAAGCAGAAGUGAAAUGACUCCUGUGGAAAGGAGAGAGCAGCAGAAGAUAGAGGAGGCUUUGCAUGCCAGUAGUCUACGAGUUCCACGUAGGCCUCCCUGGAGUGUUAGGAUGUCUGCAGAGGAGCUUGAUGAUAAUGAGCGACAAUCUUUCUUAAUAUGGCGUCGGAGCCUUGCAAGACUUGAGGAGAAUGAAAAUCUUGUUCUUACGCCAUUUGAGAAAAACCUAGAUAUAUGGAGACAGCUUUGGCGGGUUGUUGAACGAUGUGAUUUGCUUGUGAUGGUCGUUGAUGCUCGAGACCCUUUAUUCUACCGCUGCCCUGACCUGGAGGCAUAUGCAAGAGAGGUUGAUCAUCACAAAAGGACAAUGCUUCUUGUGAACAAGGCAGAUCUGCUGCCCUACUCUGUCAGGAAGAAAUGGGCAGAAUUUUUCAGUCAGCAUGAGAUAUUAUAUCUGUUUUGGUCUGCUAAAGCUGCUUCUGCCGCUCUGGAAGGGAAAAAACUUAGCAGCCGGUGGAACACAAAUGAAUCCCAGAAUGGUGGUGUGGAUGAUCCUGAUACGAAAAUAUAUGCUCGGGACGAACUUCUGGCUCGUUUACAGUAUGAGGCUGAACAGAUUGUUGAGAGGAGGACAACAUCAAUCACUAAUUCUACAAGCCGGUCAGACAAUCUUUCUGUAGGAGGAAAUAUGAAUGAAAAAUCGACAGGUAGUGUCAUGGUGGGAUUUGUUGGGUAUCCAAAUGUUGGAAAGAGCUCAACAAUUAAUGCUUUAGUUGGCCAAAAACGAGCAGGAGUUACCUCUACUCCUGGGAAGACAAAGCACUUCCAAACAUUGAUCAUUUCUGACAAGCUUACGCUAUGUGACUGCCCUGGCUUAGUGUUUCCUUCAUUUUCAAGCUCGAGAUACGAAAUGAUUGCUUAUGGAGUAUUGCCUAUUGAUCGAAUGACAGAGCAUAGAGAGGCUAUUCAGGUUGUUGCCGAUCGAGUCCCAAGGCAUGUGAUUGAGGAUGUGUACAAAAUCAAAUUGCCAAAACCAAAACCUUAUGAGCCACAAUCUCGACCACCCCUAGCAUCAGAACUUUUGAAAGCGUAUUGCAUCUCUCGUGGUUAUGUUGCAUCUAGUGGGCUGCCAGAUGAAACUAGAGCUUCCCGCCAAAUUUUGAAGGAUUACGUUGAUGGAAAGAUUCCCCACUUUGAAUUGCCCCCAGGAAUGUCCAAUGAGGAUCAUAUUCAGGUAGAAGAUGCUGGAACUCUCGAGCUCUCCUAUACACAUGAUUCAGACUCAGAUGAUGUUGAAGAUUCAAACGUGGAUGAUGAAAAUGCCCCUGGUUUUGAACAAGUGGUUGAUUAUCUUGAUUCAUUUGACCUGGCUAAUGGACUUGCCAAACCAAAUAUCAAUGAAAAGAAGCCUAAGGCAUCUCAUAAACACCACAAGAAGCCACAGAGAAAGAAGGAUAGAUCAUGGCGGAUCGGAAAUGAUGGUGGCGAUGGUAUGCCUGCAGUGAGAGUCUUGCAGAAGCCAAUAAACUCAGGCCCCCUGAAAGUAGUUCCAUGAGGUUAGUUGAUGUAUCUAUAUGAACUUUCGAGGCUGAGUUUUGCAUCUUAUUAAUUUAGAAACAUUCAAGGGAAAGAGAAACAAGUCAACAAAAAUGGAAAUCACAUAAACAAGGAUUUGUAUUUUUCUUAAGUUCAACCGUGUGUAUAUUAUUACAUCUUUCACGGGUUGUGAAAUUUAUUAUAGGUCAUACGAAGUUUAUUUUUUUAUUUUAUUUUUUUUCUUUUUUGAAUGUUACACUUUUAAUAGGUUUUUUGUGAUCUCUAGCAAUUUUCUGGAUGAAGAAAGAGCUCUCGCUCUCUCUACUUUGAAGGAAGGAAAAACAUUCCCACUUUUUGGAGGGGAUUCUGAGGA